GACAUGAUCAGGCAACAAGUGCACGACAUGUCAGGUUGGAUGGGAGGGCAAUUCCAGCCACCCUACGGCGGCGGCUCAUAUCCGCAGCCGCAGCGGCCGCCGGUUCAACAACAACCAUCUUAUCCGGCGCCGGGGGAGUGCACCGACGUGACGCAGGUGAUCGACACGUGCGCGCAGAAGAGCGUGGCGAAGUCGGUUAACGAUGGGUAUUCGUGGAGCUGCUCGUAUAACGAUGACUGUUGCAGGGCGGCUUUUAGCGUUAGCGAUAAUUGUAUGAGCAUUAGUCCUAUGAUCAGGACGAUCAAGAGUGUCUGUUGUGGGCAAUAAGGAUAAACA